AUGAGUGUUGAGCGGGUGAGGUACCCUCGAAUGCGAGCCCUUUGUGGCAAAGCGCUAAUGCAAGUCAUAGGUAAAGGGUUGUCUAUGGAUAAGUUUAUCAGUUGUUUCCCAGUACUAGCAGAGUCGCCUGAAGGCAUGGAAGCAUUAAGAAAUGCCCGUCAACAAGUGAUUGGGUUCUGGACCAAAGCUGCCGAAAGCGAGUUUGAAACCAUCUUCAAGGAAAGGGACUUGGAGACCAAACUUGAUCAACUAGAUGAGAUUGUUCAAGCAGCAAGAUUGAAUCGACAGAGAGGAUUGGACCAAACUCUUGAAGUAGAUAAGUUAGGGCCAUCGGACAUAAUAGAAGGAACCGUGGUGACCAAGAAGAAAGAAGCCAUUGCCAAUCUUGAGAUCAUGAAGCAACAAUUGGUGCAGGACAACGAUGAGCUAUACAGAGAGUUGGCUUCCAUAGUGAAGGAAGGAGAAGAUACACACCAAGACAUUGAUACUAUGAUCAAAGACUUACAACAACAAGUAGAGGGACUACGAGAUAACAGUGCCAUUGAUUUUAGUAUUGAUGAUCUAGCAGAGAUUUACAAAAGUACAGCUUAA